AUGUUUUUCCACAGGCUACAUGCUAAACUAUUCAGGAAGCAUGGGGCAGAGUCCACUGUGGUGGAAAGGCCUCGAAAUGGCCACUGGGAAGAUCCCCACGCGGUCCAGAGGAUCUGGAGGCUGGAUGACAUGGACGGGAGGAUGCAGAGGAGGAAAGGAGGGUGCCAACUGUCCCAGGCGCUGAAUGGAGUUUCUGAUAAAGCUAAAGAUGCAAAGGAGUUUCUGGUUCAACUCAAGAACAUGCUGCAGCAGAUACAGGAGAACGGUGUGGAGUUCGAGGCGUGCCUGGUGGCCCAGUGUGACUCUCUGAUAGAAGCCCUGACCAGACAGAAAGCCAAGCUGCUCACCAAGGUCACCAAGGAGAAGGAGUACAAACUGAAGGUGGUGCGGGACCAGAUCACCCACUGCACCAUGAAGCUGCGUCAGACCACAGGCAUGAUGGAGUACUGUCUGGAGGUCAUUAAAGAGAACGACCCCAGUGGAUUCUUACAGAUUUCGGAUGCUCUGAUCAAGCGGGUGACAUCGUCUCAGGACCAGUGGGUGAAAGGGGCCCUGGAGCCCAAGGUGGGCCCCGAAUUUGAUCUCACGCUCAACACUGACUCCUUGCUCCAAACAAUCCUACAGCUGGAUUUCACCCAGAGCAAAGAUGUGCAGGAGGCUCCUUUAUUGAAACACAUGCACGCAGCAGGUGCUGAGGCUGAAACCGACACAGAGGGGGAGAGACCAGGAGCAGAGUCCGUGCCCUCGGUGCCCUCAGCGCCCCUCCUGCAGCUGGAGAAAUGCUGCACAAGGAACAACAGUGCCACCCUGGCCUGGAGGGUUAUUACACCUCCCAGCAACCCAAUUGAGGGCUAUGUGCUAGAGCUGGAUGAUGGCAAUGGUGGACAGUUCAGGGAGGUGUAUGUGGGGAAGGAGACAGUGUGCACGGUGGAUGGCCUUCAUUUUAACAGCUCGUACAAUGCCAGAGUCAAAGCCUACAACUCCCUCGGUGUUGGGCCUUACAGCAAGACUGUGGUGCUCAAGACCUCCGAUGUGGCCUGGUUCACCUUUGACCCGACCUCGGCCCACCGUGACAUUGUUCUGACUAAUGAGAACCAGACCGUCACCUGUAACAGCUACGAUGACCGUGUGGUGCUGGGGACGGCUGCUUUCUCCAAGGGCAUCCACUACUGGGAGGUCAGCAUUGAUCGCUAUGACAACCAUCCAGACCCAGCGUUCGGUGUGGCACGGAUCAACACUAUGAAAGACAUGAUGCUCGGGAAGGACGACAAGGCCUGGGCUAUGUACGUGGACAACAACCGCUCCUGGUUCAUGCACAACAACUCCCACACCAAUCGAGCUGAAGGAGGCAUCACCAAGGGCUCCACGGUGGGGGUGUUGCUGGACCUGACCAAACACACACUGACGUUCUACAUCAACAAGGAGCAGCAUGGACCAACUGCCUUUGAGAACCUUGACGGGGUCUUCAUGCCUGCCGUCAGCCUCAACAGGAACGUUCAGGUCACCUUACUGACAGGCCUGGAGGUGCCAAAGACCAUAAAACAGUAG